CAACGAUAGCAAGUGACUUAAAGAAAGUAAUCGUUAGUUCGGCUCCACGAGCCUCUCUUCACCUAGAGAAGGUGCUAUAUAAGGCAACACACUGCCGAGGUGAGGCGAUAGUUCUACUUCCACCUUGGUCUUACGCUCACUCAAAAUGGAACUACCGAACUUAAUAAUAUUACUCUGCUGCACUACUAUUUGUUUCGCGUCACAUCAUACUCAUGUGAUACCGGUAGAGGGCUAUGAAACGGAUCUCCAGAAUCUCGGUGAGCACGUCGAGUACCCAGAAACUCCAGUAAGAGUUAUCAAGAUUACUAAAACGGUAGCAGUCAAAGUUCCGGUCCCAUACCCGGUGAAGAUCGUCCAGAAAGUUCCAUACCCUGUACAUGUCAACAAACCUUACCCAGUGCCGGUGCCACAAAUUAUUAAAGUUCCUGUCGCGCAUCACCCUCACGGACACGAGGCCCUCGACGUCGGCCAUAGCAAUCAAUUCCAGGAUCGGCAACAUAACGGGAACUCUUACCAAGUGCAAGAGCAUCCGCAUGACGCACAACAGGAAACGUUCGAUGGAUCAGCGAAUCAGUCCUAUGAAGAAGGAAAUCAUGGUAACGGUUACAGUGCCCCUAAUGUCGGAGACUAUUCCGGGGAAGGAACACCUGGGCAUUAUACCCAGCAGGCUCAAAACUUUCAAGGAUCGGAAGGCGAUCUAGAUGGGCAUAAUUCUUUUGAAUCCAAAAGUUACGACUUAGCUAUCCAAAACUAUUUAAAUAAUUUAAAGUCUUCGCAAGGAAAUCAUGCAGGUCAAGAAGGAGGUUAUCAUUAAUGUAGAACGUGAGCUUUUAGGUCGAUUCUGUACUACACAAUAUGUCUCAAAAAUUAAAGGCAGUAAAAGAAAAUCACCAUGUAAUUCAGAUGACCAAAGUGAAUGUUGUGUACCUGACAGUUUAUAUAAAUUAAAAUUAAUGUGAUAUAGGUGUAUAACGUUGACCUGUUAAGUUUUUGUUGUGUGCAGUCUGUUAUUAAAUGUGUAGGUAUGUGUUAUGCAAUGUUGUUAAAUUUUGAUAUGAUUGAAAUGAAAUAAUUUAUUAAAUAAAAUUACUGAA